GCAACAUCCUUCAUUUGGCGGUGCGUCGAGCGUGCAGGAACGUCGCGUUGCGUCGCGCCGCGCGCUUACCGCGGAUUUGAUCAGCAGCUCUAAUGUGAAGAGGAUGAACACAAACGGGGGUGUGGUUUAGAUCAAUAACUACCUCAGCCUACAAUAAAAUAAAAAAUACUGCAAAUCACUCCGAGGGCAGAGAGGCGGUGUCGAUCAGAUCCGGAGCACAAGGGUGGCUUUAUGGAAUAUAUUUCGUUUUAUUAUUUUCAUUGAGAUAAUGACAUUUCGUGGACGCUGAUUCUCCUGUCGAGGCUUUCAGACGCAUACAGUUGGUCGAGGAUGAGGAGGAGGAAGAGAAGUUCUCGUUGAACUGCCGUUUUAUUACAAUAUGGGAUGGACAGUACGUUCCUGUGAAUGGUUAAGUGGUCUGUAUUUGGGAAAACUCAGCCCUCACAGACUAAUGUGUGGACUGCCUGCAGCGCGGUGUAUUUAGAUCUACAGUCACUGACUUACAUAAGAGCGCUUUGUGCGAGGAAUUGCGCAAAGAAAUUCCGCCGUUUAACGCGUUUGGCCCCAGUGCUGUGAACACUGAGGACAAAGGAUCUGCUCUUGAUAUAUGUUUGUUUUUGUUGUUUACCUGGAUGAAAUGUACACUGAUGGAACAAACAGCAAACCUGUCCAGCUAGGACACACUCAUGUUGUCUCUGAAAGAUCAUUACCCCAAUAAUUAGAGGCUCCUGAGCCAUUCCUGAGGCUCACUGGGAUUAAUUUAGGUCUACUGCUGGGAAAGGAAAAUUUUUUGAGUUGCUCUGAAAGCACUAAAUGAGUGACAUAAGGUGUACCACAACUACAGAAAGAUGAACAACACUCUGCAAGACAGAAACAUGUUCACAGUACAAGCAGACGUUAUAUUUCACGCGGCAAACCUUGACUCUCCAGAAUCGCCUAUCCCAGGCGAAGGCAACAAUAACAAUGUCCCGGCUUUGGGGAAAACAGGCAUCCCGAGCAUGGAAAUACUGCAGGGUCUCCCGGGUACGUGGGAUACGUCAGAAUCAGGAGGUUUAACUGACAACAGGAGUUUGGGAAACAACGGCGCUGUAACAGGUGCAGAAUACGCACAAGACGCUGUCUCUAGUGACAGUGGAUUUCAAGAGCACAUACAACCUCUGGACUCGUCUAGAGCACAAAAUCUGGACCUUAGUUUGAGAAAUAUCAGUGAAGCUUCAAGAAACAUUAGAGAAGAAACAAAUGGCACAAAGUUAGCUUCCAGUUUCCAAAUUGACAAAUUAUCCAAUGUCCUAAAAGAUGGUGAGGUGGUUCGGAGUCAGUUUGACAUUAAAAAUGUCUCCUCCACAUCAGAGGACAGAAAUAAUUCCUAUUCAAGCUCUCAAGAAACGAGGUUACUUGAAAAAACCCUAGGAUGCUUUAUAAGUUCCUCUGAAGGAGCAGAUCAGACCAGCUACAGAACAUUGUUCGGACAGACAAGGCUGGAAUCGAGCCAAGGGCUAAAGCCAACUGGAUCUGCAGUAAGAGAAGCUCUAUCUGCAAAGGAAGAGCCGAAUUUAGUCAUAGAGGUGGGUGGACAGAAAAUACAAGCACACAAAUCAGUAUUAGCUGAGAAAAGUGAUUAUUUUAAGGCUAGGCUCUCUCGAGACAUCCUGAAGGUAAAAGGAAUGAGCUACAAGACCUUAUUGGUGCUUGUAGAUUAUGUUUACUCCUCCCAGAUGAACGUAAGCAAAGACAAUAUUGUGGAUGUCAUCACAGGAGCAAAGAUCCUGCAGAUGCCCUGUGCGGUACAAGCUGCUAUCGACACCAUAUCCACACAGAUCACGCCAGAGAACUGCUAUGAAAUCCUAACGAUCGCCAAAAAGCAGCGCUUUAAUGAACUGAAAGAAACUGCCUAUCGAUUCAUGAGCGACAACUUUCUUCAGAUUCUGAGAGAUCCGGCGGUCUACGGGCGCCUCACGGGCUCAGAGAGAGACCUCAUACUGCGCAAACGGAUGGAGAGCCGCCAGUGUCUGAUGGUGGCGGAAAUCAACGACGUGUUUGAGCGUGUAGGAAGUCGACCGCCCAGCAGAAACAGCAGCCGUCCCCAGAGUCCCCUCUCCAUCACGUCUUUUGAGGACAAUCACAUGAUCUACUACUACAAUAAGAGCAGUAAGGACUGGCACACACUGACUGUCAUGCCAGAAGACAUCAACACCAGAGGCUGCGGUAUCUGUACCAUGUACAACUACUUGUUUGUGGCCGGCGGGAUCAGGGGAACUGGGGAGAAAAGCAAAGUCUCGGACAAAGUGUUCUGCUACAAUCCCAUCACAGACCGCUGGAGCGAAGUCCGACCCAUGAAGCAAGCACGAUCGCAACUCAAACUUGUCUCCAUGGAUGGGAACCUGUACGCCAUUGGUGGUGAAUGUCUUUUCACGGUGGAGAAGUACGACCCACGAAUGGACCGCUGGACGGCGGUGGCUCCUUUACCCAAAGGAGCAUUUGCGGUAGCUCAUGAAGCCACUACAUGUAACGGCGAGCUGUACGUCUCGGGAGGGUCUCUGUUCUAUAGGUUGCUCAAAUUUGACCCCAAAAGAGACGAAUGGCAAGAGUGUCCAUACAACAACAGCAGGAAAAAGUCCACAGACAUGGUGGCUCUCAAGAGCUUCAUCUACCGAUUUGAUGUAAACCGUGAACAGGGGAUCAGUGUCUUUAAAUACAACACCAUUGUGAAGAUGUGGCAUGACUGCGCCUCCCAGCAGCAGGGCUGCACACUGCCGUUUCGAUGCGCUGUCAUCGAUAAUUGCAUCUACUGUGUGAAUAAAUCUCAAACUCUUCAGUUCAUUGUAGAAGAGGAUGGAGGUCGAUUCAAAGACGAGUGUCUGAAAGCACCUAUGGAGGCCAAAGGGAUCUUAUUCCCUUUUGUUCUCAGCUUGCCUGAGAGAGGUGGAAGAAUUGCAUGAGUAAGAUAUUUCAUCCCUCGUAUGACCCUUCAGAGUCGCUCCAGACCUGGAGAAAGAGAAUGCCUGGUCAA